AUUUACACUUCUCAUCAUAGGAGCCGAAAGUAAUGUCAAAUUGAAAAAUAAUUGUCAAUCCGAAUUUAAAAAUUACCAUGUGGUUAAUAUAAUGUUCUGUUAGACAAACACGUUAAUAAUUUUAAUCGGGAUUCACAUUUAGCUGAUACAUUAUCAGAAUAUGUUUUAUACGUCAAAACAUGCUACGUAGUAUUUUCAGCUUAUUUCAAAAUAUAAUAGAUUCUGAUAGAGAAUACAAUAAGAAAAAUUCUAAUACAGUUAUAUAUUUGGUAACGAAUCCUGUGGAUCAUAAGAUCAAUAUGGAUUUAGAAAUUGAUGGAAAACGUAGACAAACAUUGAAGUCUGUAGAAGCUGCCGAACCAACACGCUCUUCAAAAUACUUUACGAUUACUAGUGAACAAGGCGAUGCAGUCACUUGCGAACAUGCAGUAGAUAUUCCCAGGCCCAAAAAGCAGACCGACGAGAAGAAGAAGGAUGAAACUCAAGAAAAUUGUGAAAUCGAAAACGAUGCUGGCGAUAAACCAAGUUUUAGCUACGUGAACGAGGAACCACAAGAGAAAGAUGAAAAAACAACUACAAAUGGCGAAUCACAAGAAGUGAAAGUUGGAAUGAGUGUAAGAGAACUUUUGGCUUCCUUACCCCAAAAGAAAACUCCAAUUUAUGAAAAAGAUAAAGAACAAUUAGGUGUUCUGUUGGAGCAAAUCCAGAAAAUGAAGAAGGGAAUGGAACGUCUACACCAAAUAGCGAAGCAGUUUACUUGUUCAGAUAAAUUCAAGCAGGACGUCGAUUUUCUACUGAAAAAUCUGAAUCAAAAAUCUACCGAAUCAACUGACAAUAACAAACUGUCUCCAUCAGAACCGUGAACGGCAUGUUUAGAUAUAUCAGUAUAAAUGUCCUUCCGUAAAGAUUAAAUUUGGAAAAAAUUCUAGUGAGAGAUAUUAUUAGCUUAUUAUUCUGUAAAUAAAUAGUAUCCGAAAACGAA